GCAUGCGCAUGUUUUGUGUGAAUUUAACCUCGAAUAUGAAUGAGUGUGAGGGUAUGAAUAGCGAAAAAAACAUCGAGCAAAAAACGCGAUUGGUUAUGGUAGCAAAAAAUUAAGUAACAAGAUUAAGUUCGCUCAGGUAACCUCUGAACAAACAAUUGGUUCCGGGCUAACGUUGCAAUUACAUAUAUUAGAAAACCAGUUACCAAUACUAUUGCUAUCAAUAGAACGGAGUAGUAAAAAAUGCAAAUUUCCGAGUGUGUUAUCGAUGAAAUUAAGUUCUAAACGAUUGGUGGUUCUAUAUUUGAAUUAUAAAUGUGAAACACGAUACUCCGAGUGAAAUUGUUACUAUGAUGAGAAAUAUAGCAUUACGGCGCAGUUUUCUAACCGCACUCAAUUCGGUGACACAACACCGAAGAUGCAUUCAAUUGUCGUCAAAAUUUAUGCCAAAGAAAACUUCAGAGCACUGUUCGUAUCCGAUCAUUUUAUCACCACACAUCAAUAAAUGGACGGUGCGCUGCUUGUCCACAAAUAAAUCAAAUUUCAAUGCUACCACCGAUUCUGUAAGUAUACCGAAAUGGAAGGGAAUUAUUCAAAACAUAUCGCCGUAUGCGCGACUAAUUCGAUUCGAUCGGCCCAUUGGUUCCUGGCUACUGUUCUGGCCGUGCGGAUGGAGCAUUGCGCUGAGUGCUGCACCGGGCGCUUGGCCAGAUCCAGUUAUGCUCGGACUGUUUGCUACCGGAGCAUUUGUGAUGCGUGGUGCUGGAUGUACGAUAAAUGAUAUGUGGGACAAGGAUAUCGAUAACAAAGUGGAGAGAACGAAGAAUCGCCCACUGGCUUGUGGCGAAAUAACGCAAUUGGAUGCUUUAGUGUUUUUAUCCGCGCAACUGGGUAUUGGUCUGCUGGUGUUGCUGCAAUUGAAUUUGUAUUCGAUAUUACUGGGAGCUAGUUCGUUAGGUUUAGUUGUAGUGUACCCACUAAUGAAACGUAUAACUUAUUGGCCACAAUUGGUACUUGGAAUGGCUUUCAAUUGGGGAGCAUUGCUGGGAUGGAGUGCCACUCAAGGUUCGGUGAUGUGGUCGGCUUGCCUUCCCUUAUAUGCUGCAGGUGUUUGUUGGACUAUCGUUUAUGAUACGAUAUACGCUCAUCAGGACAAAGUGGACGACAUACUGGCUGGCAUCAAAUCGACAGCUCUGCGUUUCGGUGACAAUACAAAGAUUUGGUUAACAUUUUUCUCCACCGGUAUGAUUAGUGGAUUGACUACAGCGGGUCUAGUCUGUGAUCAAACGUGGCCAUACUACACAACUGUUGGUUUAGUUGGCGCCCAUUUAGCACAACAAAUUUAUUCGCUGAACAUCGACAAUCCGAGCGACUGUGCUCGAAAGUUUAUUUCGAAUCACCAAGUGGGCCUGUUACUGUUUGUGGGCAUUGUGUUGGGCACCUUGUUGAAAACGGAAAAUAAAAGUGAAAAGACAAAGUCCGUGUUACCAGCAACUGCAACGCUGUUGCCAAAAUUUAACAGUGAUAAGUUGAUUCAAAGAAUUUCUAGUUAAACAAUGUUAGGGGCUCACGCCUGACGUUCUGGCCGUAACUGUUAUGGAACUGCAAACUAAAUGUGAGGAAAAUUUUAUAUUUGUCAUAAGAAGUGUAAACCAUAGGUUAAAUAAUACAAAUUGGCCUGUUGUAGCGUUAUACAUCAGUAUUUGAAUAAGCUGGUAUAAUCCCAAAUUGUUAAAUGUUACUGAACCAUUUCGGUCAAACCUCUUGCCCCAUAGUUCAAAUAAGAAGAUUUCCUUUAUUUAUUUUCUAAGUUGAACGAUACCAAUAAAAUCCUAAGAAACUAUGACACUGAA